AACGCGGUGGGCGUGCAAAUUGGCGGAUGCAGGUUUUCUCCUCUGACGCUCAAAGAAAUCUUGCCCGCAACAGCGCAAUCACCACCCUACGUUAAUAUUUGCAAUCUUUACCAAUCUUCACGUUUUGUCUCACUCCUACUUCUGACUCUCACAUCCCUCAGUCAUCCCUUCACCCGGAGCUCCCAUUUUAAGAGAGUCCUAGUCCUCUCAGUCCCCCAACCGCCCCGUACUUGUCAGCAAAGUUUGAAGCGCUAGCAGAUCCAUCUGCCUUAGGAUUUCUCCAACACUUCUUGCAAUCCGAUCAACCCUUCCCACCGCCACUAGCCACCCAAACUCCCAACAACAAUGGCUUCAGAAAUCCCCAAGAGCCGCUCUAAUGUGACUGCUCCCACCCCUCAGAACACACCUGCCACAAAUGCGCCGAUCUCCUCGCACGCACAGGCUCCCACCAUUGGUGACAUCCAAGAAGAGGAUCUUGACCGCGUGGCAGCUGCGUCGAUAUUCGCCAAGAACCCUGCUUUGGUCAAUCUGAUGCAACAAAAGCUCGGCUCUCUUGUCGGCAAGCCAUCCGGUUACGUCGAAUCCCUUCCCGAAAACGUUCGUCGCCGUGUCACAGGCCUGAAAGGCAUCCAGAAAGAUCAUGCAAAGCUCGAGGCUGAGUUCCAAGAGGAGGUCCUUCAACUCGAGAAGAAGUACUUUGCCAAGUUCACCCCUCUCUACCAAAAGCGUACUGCAAUUGUCAAUGGCGAUUCAGAACCCACCGAUCAAGAAGUUGAGGCUGGUGUGGAAGAAGACGAUGACGAAGCGCCUGUGGAUGACGGAGAGAAAGACGAAGAAAAGCCUGCCCAAGAAGAUGUCAAGGGUAUUCCAGAGUUCUGGCUUACUGCCAUUAAGAAUCAGAUCUCUCUCGCAGAGCUCAUCACCGAUCGUGACGAAGAAGCUCUCCGAUCUCUGACCGACAUCCGCAUGGAGUAUCUCGACCGUCCAGGCUUCCGCUUGAUCUUCGAGUUCGCUCCCAACGAUUUCUUCACCAACAAGAGCAUCUCCAAGACGUACUUCUAUAGAGAAGAGAGUGGUUAUGGUGGAGACUUUAUCUACGAUCAUGCAGAAGGUGAAAAGAUCGACUGGAAGGCUGGCAAGGACUUGACCGUCCGCAUCGAAAGCAAGAAGCAGCGAAAUAAGAACACCAAGCAGACGAGGGUCAUCAAGAAGACCGUCCCAACAGAGUCCUUCUUCAACUUCUUUGCUCCUCCUACCCCACCCAGCGAGGAGGAGGACGAAAUCGCCUCUGAUAUCGAAGAAAGACUUGAACUCGACUAUCAAUUGGGUGAGGACAUCAAGGAGAAACUGAUUCCCCGAGCCAUUGAUUGGUUCACCGGGGAUGCCUUGGCGUACGAAGAGUUCGAGGAUGCCGAAGAUGCCGAAUUCGACGAUGAGGAUGAUGAGGACGACGAAGACGAGGAGGAGGCCGAGUCUGAUGAGGAUGACGAAGAAGAAGGUGGCAAGCCUCGAUCACAACAACAAUCCGAGUGCAAGAACCAGUAAUGGCUUGCGGCCUCAUCAGAUCGAUACGAGGAGCCUUCGAGUUGGUACCAACCAUAAUUGCCAUCGGCUCACUACUGCAGGGUUAUUGUUACAUUCUCGAAAACAGGAGAUUGUCAUCUGGCCGCUUCCAUCAACCACAGUGGCCUGCCUGCCUCUACUUCUAGCAUGUGAGGGUGGGUGGUGACGUGUCACUGUUUAUGCAGUCGAUGCAUAUCAUGGCAGGCACAGAGACAAUUAUCCCAGCCAGUGAUGGUUUGUUCUUUUAGUUUCAGCUCCUGAAUCACAGAUGGCGUUCUAGCAAAGUUAUCAAGCAUUCACGCAACCGCAACCGGGCAGUGGACGAAAACAUUGCCGCUGAAGUUGUAUGCGGUGUCACUCCGAUAAUCCGGGAGGUUUUCUGGACAGUGAUGGACGUAUAUGAUUCCACUUGCGGCAAAGUCCAGACUCGAUACAAGUUUUACCACUCACACCAAGUACAAAGCCCAUGAAUAGAUAAUAAUGACAAAAAAGUGUUUAUUUG